AUGGAUGGAGAGGCGAAAAACUUGCCGGCCGAGGACAGGUUCAAGCUGUUCGGCCCAUCGAUGGAGCAGCCGCUCUCACGCGACGAAGUCCAACGCAUGCCAGAGUAUCCUUGGAAAAGGUCCGUGAUAUACGCUCUGCGAAAAUACUUUAGACUGCGACGUUUCAGGCCGAAUCAACUCGAGGCCAUCAACGGCACGCUGAUGGGACGAGACGUCUUUGUGCUGAUGCCCACCGGUGGCGGCAAGUCGCUGUGCUACCAGCUGCCAGCGUGCCUCGACCCGGGCGUCACGAUCGUCAUAUCCCCACUUCUCUCUCUCAUUGAGGAUCAGGUGCGUCACCUCGUCAACAUAGGUAUCGCCGCGACCAUGCUCACUGGUCAUCAGACCGCAGCCGAUAAGCGGAAUGCUAUGACUGCAGCGAUGGACAGUAGCAGCUUUUUGCGGCUGCUGUAUCUCACGCCAGAGUUCGUCCGCCAAUCCCCUCAAGCGACCACACUGCUGAACCACCUUUACUCUCAAAAGCGGUUGGCUCGGUUUGUGGUCGACGAGGCGCACUGUGUGAGUCAAUGGGGCCACGACUUCCGCCCACACUACACCGAGCUCGGCGAAUUACGCGUCAGUUAUCCCACUGUGCCUAUCCUGGCGCUCACCGCCACGGCCAAUGCUCGUGUUGUCAAGGACGUCAAGGCGUGCCUGAAGAUGAAGAGCGUCAUCGAGCUCUCCUCAAGUUUCAACCGCCCAAAUCUGGAGUACCAGGUGCGGAACAAGCCGAGGAGCAAAGUUGUCGACGAGAUUUCCAGCUUCAUCCUCGCUUCGCACAAGGACGAGUGCGGCAUCGUCUAUUGCUUCAGCCGGGAAUCGUGCGAGACCGUUGCAGCCGACCUCAUAAAGCAUGGCAUCUCGGCGCACCACUACCACGCCAAGCUACAGAAGGACGAUCGAUCGAUGGUACAGCAAAAGUGGCAGCGAAACGAGUUCAAGGUGAUCGUGGCGACCAUCGCUUUCGGCAUGGGCAUCGACAAGCCCGACGUGCGCUUCGUCAUCCACCAUUCGCUGCCCAAGUCGCUCGAAGGCUACUACCAGGAGACGGGCCGAGCCGGUCGCGACGGCAAAACCUCGGUGUGCAUCCUGUACUAUGCCUAUAGCGACGUGCACAAGAUGGAAAAGAUGAUGCGCAGUGAGGAGGACAAGUCGCAGGAAGCCAUCGACCGCAGCAUCGACUCGUUGCGCGUGAUGCAGAGGUUUUGCGAAAACAUUAUUGAGUGCCGUCGCGUCCAGGUCCUGCGCUACUUUGGCGAAGACUUUUCUGCAGAGCAAUGCCACAGCACGUGCGACAACUGCUGCCGCGCAUCUGGUACGAUUCGCGUUGAAGACGUUACAGAGCUCGCGAUCAAGGCGGUAAAGCUGGUCAAGGAGAUCACGCGUCAGAGAGAUGAUUGGACGUUACUCCACUUUGCUGAAGUCUUUUGCGGCUCUCGUUCCAAGAAGAUCCGAGACGCGCGCCACGACAAGGUCGAGAUGCACGGCGCCGGUUCUGCGCUUGCCAAGGAAGAGGUCCAUCGGCUGUUCGAGCGCCUCUGCACCGAGGGAGUCUUCAAGAUCAAGGACGUCAUGAACAUGAAGAAGUUCAGCACGUCAUAUCUUGUAAUGGGCCCAGCAGCGUCGCAGUUGCUGAGCGGUAAGAAAAAGAUCACCCUGCAGAUCGCUUCGAAAUCAGCAUCGGAGACGUCAGUGUCGGCGCCAGCGCGGGCGAAAAAUCCCAAAAAGCAGCCAAGGCAGGCGAGAGAUGUCGACUUCGCAGAGUUUGACGAGGACGCCCACGACAUAUCGAACGUUAGCCUCAGCCCGCAGGAAGCCCACGCACACCAACCCCUGAAUCGAGAUCCGGUGCAGCAACCAGCUUGGACAGCGAGAGGAGCGGUAGCCUUGGACGACGACGACGGCUACGUCCCUCCAGAGAUAUUGGAGGAUGAAUAUGACCCCGACGCCGACUCUGAUGAUGAGGCUCCUCUGGCCGUUUCCAUUGUCGCCCAGCAGCGUCCAGAGACGACGAUGCAAGGAGGCGAGAGCGAGGGAAGCGGGGACGACUUCGAGAUCGAUCCUCGGUCGAGCGACGCCAACCAAGGCUGCUACCGCGCACUCAAGAAGCUCGACGCUACGCUCGCCAAGCAGGAAAGGCAGACGCAAGGCUGGCUGCUUCCGGACGAGCUGCUGCAGGAGAUCUCGGCCCUUGCGCCUUCGAGCGUCGGGUCUCUCAAGAGCGGAUUCGAACGCGAGGGGCGAUACACCCGGUGGCUGGACAAGUACGGUACCAGGUACGUCGCAAUCUGCCAACGAUUCUUUCAAGCAGAGAAAGAUCAGUUCGGGGCAGCUCGCAUUGCAGCAGUGAGGGGGCCAGGCUGGUCUUCGUUCCUGUCGCCCGGUUCUCGACCUUCUCUGCCAACGGGAUCCACGCCAGGGCGAUCUGCACCAGACUCUGUCAAUGAAGCCAGACCAGACCGUGGUGUCGCACCUCGCAAGAGCGCAGUCAUCGCCGCUGCCAAUUUGGAGCAGUACGCGUACGAAGACACAGCUACACGGGCCUCGCCGGCAUCCAAAAGUGACAGAUCGGUGGCCGCCAGCAGUCGAGUUGGGCGCGCAUCUCCCAAGUUGCCAGCAACAGGUUCGAGAUCGAAGACUUCAGCAGCGGUGCCAACCGCCAAGAGGCUUACGCUCAACCCUGGCUUCCUCAACAACGGCGGCGCGUUGCAGAUUCGAGCGAUGCCGUUGCUUCCAUCGCAAAGGGCGGCGAAUCGACCUCGUCCGAGUUGA